AUGAACAAAAUCUGCAUAUUAAGCUGCGUGAACGAUGCGUGGGACCCAAUCAGCGCCAAUUAUGCCAACAUCUACAGGUGGCCGGAGUCCGCCACCGACCGCGGCGGAGCAACACCGCGGGGGAGGGCGGCGGACGGCAUUUCGUGUCGGAAAUUGUAUAUCAGGAGCUGCACGUUCUCGAGGGAGAGGGUGGCUGCCGCCGGCCGUAGAACAGAGGAGAUGGAGGCGCUUCUGCGGCGGCGGCGGAGAAGGAGGAGAAAGGGGAUGCGGCGGCGCGUGGUGGUUAUUAGGAGAGUGAAGAGGUUUUCUUGUGCGGCGCUGCGCGCGUUUUUCCGGCGGCUGCUACUUUGCGCCGCCAGUGUAGAUGUUGUAGAUCAGUCCAUUUAG